AUGGUGCCGCAAAAGACAGUCAAGGAGGUACAGCGGCUCACCGGGCAGAUCGCGGCUCUAGGGAGAUUCGUCUCCAGGUCGGCCGAGCGGUGCCUCCCAUUCUUCAAAAUUCUCAAGCGACCGAAGGAUUUCUUAUGGUCGGAGGAAUGCCAGCAAGCUUUUGAAGAGCUUAGGCGCCUUCUCGCCUCUCCGCCGCUGCUCACCAAACCCCAGCAGGGUGAGCUCCUCUAUUUGUACCUGGCCGUCUCCCCGGUUGCAGUGAGUUCAGUCCUGUUACGAGAAGAGAAUAAGCUCCAAAGACCAGUGUACUACACCAGCCGGGUUCUGAGGGAUGCUGAGACAAGAUACUUCAAAUUGGAGAAGACAACUUUUGCCCUGUCGGAUCGCGCCGGAAGGAUCGCAAAAUGGGCAGUCAAGCUCGGGGAGUUCGACCUUGAAUACCGUCCGAGGCCAGCAAUUCAAGCCCGGGCACUCGUCGAUUUUAUAGUGGAGUGCACCUUGCCAGAUGAUUUCGAGCUUACACCCAUACCAGCGUUGAAGAUCCCGAGGCAUCCAUGGACUCUACAUGUAGACGGCUCUUCAACCUCGGGGGGCAGCGGAGCAGGCCUCAUUCUCACCAGCCCGAACGGCGUAGUCGCAGAGCAGGCUUUAUGCCUCGAAUUCUCCGCCUCGAACAACGUGGCAGAAUACGAGACCCUCAUCGCCGGACUCAAGCUGGCGAAGGAGCUGAAAGUGGAGGACAUAAAGGUCUUCAGUGACUCCCAGCGGGUUAUAAGCCAGAUUUUGGGAGACUUUGAGGCCAGAGAGCCAACAAUGCAGAAAUACCUCUGGAAGGUGCGGGAUUUCAUCUCCACCCUGGACUCCUUCAACAUCCAACACAUUCCCAAAAUGAAGAACCUGAGAGCAGACCAACUGUCAAAGCUGGCAACUUUCCGCAUGAGCGAGCUUUCUAAAGUAAUAAUGCUCGAAUAUCUUCAAAUGUCCAGCACGGAGGAGCCCGAGCCGACCCUCUGCAUCGAAACCGAGCCGAGCUGGAUGAACGAGCUCAUUAGCUACCUACGAAAUGAAGUCCUCCCCAAUGAUGAGCUCGAGGCUCGCCGAAUCAGGCGUCUAGCCUCCCGAUUCCUAAUAUACAAAGGCAAGCUCUACCGUAAAUCUUUCACCUCUCCUCUCCUUAAAUGCCUACGCCCGUCAGAGGCAGACUAUGCUAUGCGAGAGGUCCAUGAAGGGAUAUACGGAAACCAUCUAGGAGGCUGA